UUAUCAAUAAUUCUACUAGCAAAGAUUUCGUCGACAUUGGUCGAUCCAAGCCAAUUAGAUUACGGAAUUGAUCAGAAUAUCGUUCAAACCAUUUGCAUUGGUUCAAGUUUCUUAGCUUCAUCGUUUUGUUGCACUUGGUUUCAUUGUAGUCCACAUAUAUGUCCGUAUAAGUGAGAAGUGUAGUAUAAUUAUAUGUAGCUAGAGUUAAAAUUCCUAGUUUAUGUAUGAGGUACGAAAUUUUCGUAAUCAUUCGCAAAUAAUUGUUUCUGUGUGCGUAUAACGUGGGUUUGCCCUCGUUAGUCGGUUCGUUAGUGCUUAGGAGGCAUGUGGCGUGUUCAUUAGUUGAUCUACUUCGUUUCUUUCCGUUUAUGCCUUUUUUCUAUCUGUUUUUUUUCUUUGGAUUGCACAACUUUCGAUGAAUUUAAAAGAAAGAAUUUUAAGAGUGAAAAGGUAACGUCAAAAUACUCGCUGUUUACAAAGAGCAUGUCACGUAUAGCGUGGAAGGUCUCACUCGCAAAUGAUGUUUGAUACGAUUCAACUUUGUGUAGUUGGUUUCUAUAUACCUAGCAAAGUUGAUUUAAACGGUCGCACAUAUGAUUUUUCGAUAAUUUCGAAAAAUUUCUUACGCAUAAAGCAGAGUACACGAAUAAGGUCGUCUUGUUUUUCUGAUUGCGUCAGUUUGUAAAUUUUUGUGGAGAUUCUCUGUUAAUCGCUUGUUGUCGAUACGGUGUAAGUUGGAUUCGGACGCGUGAGGUAUUGGUUACAGAUAUUAUUUUACCUCUCACUUUUUCCUCUUUGACGAAAUAUUUUCAACUUAAAAUUAAUGUGUAUUCUAUGUAUCUUCGAAAAUUUCUAUCAAAGCAAACGAUUUUUGUGAAAAUCGAACCAAUGAUCGUUAUAGUUGUUCAUUUGAAUAAAUUUAUCGUGUUUUACAAAUAAUGCAGCUACGUAAUUGUUUCUAUCUGGCACAUUUCACGGUAGAUAUAAGGAAAUGCGAUACAAUUUUUUACCUUCUUGGUUAUUUAUUUCCUGAUUGUUAAGCUAUUUCUUUGUAUACAACAAAAGUAUAUGUGCGAGUGAUCCAACCUUAACAAUACGCAAUACCCAUUUGGACUUUAAUGUUGAAAUAUACUUUAUUAUAUAAUAUUUGAGCUUUUGAAUUCUUUAUUAUUUAUUAUUAUAGAUGACUAUUAUUGUACGCGUAUAGCACAUUAUAUAUGCAAAGUGUAGGUCAUGCAGAUCGUCUGCACAGUAAUGUAAUGAAUAGCUGUGGGAACUCUAAUAUUAGCACAAAGCUACGUGGAUCUAAGUGUUUGGAGAUACAGGAAGAAUCUAUCGGUAAUAAUCGAGCUGGAGAGUUAGAGAAGGGGGAUGUCAAUGUUAUAAGCAAUUACAGCGCAAACGAUUUUAAUGCUCCACGUGGCACAUUGGUCAUCUGUCACAGAAGCUCAAACAAUUAUUCCUCCGAUCAUAGUUUUCCCAGAUUCAAACCAAGAGGCGGUGGUGCUCCACGCAAUGAAUUUCGAAUGGCUCGUGGCGGAAGCUCCGGAGAUCGCACUAGAGGUGCACUACGGGGCAGAGCUUUUAAAAAGACCCCCAUUGAACGAGACUCGAAUUCAGAAACUAGCUACUACCCUACAACUCGACUUAAAUUUCAAGAAUCGUUGAAGAAUCAGGAAAAUUCUCAGGGAAAAUAUUAUGACGACAAAAGAAUAAAUGAAGAUUCUAGAAUUUCUAAGCUUUUGAGGAGAUUGUGUCGGGAAGAUGACUAUGAUCAUUUUAUGGUGCUGUGCAAGCAAGCACAGGAAGGACCUGGACCAGAAGCAAAGCAACAAGUCGCCAAGUGUCUAGGUCGUGUUGGGUAUGCAGCUGAACAAGACUUCAAACGAUAUAUGGAUUGGGUUUUCAACAAGUAUUCAUUGGAAAGGAAGGAUGACAUAAAGUGCCUUUUGAUUAAAUCUUUCGUCGAAGUUUUUAAAAUUGACGCGGAGGCACCAAGGCUAAAAGAAUUCUCAGUGUUGAUGAUGUCGCAACUCCAAUCAACGCUAGAGAACGUCGAUCGAUCGGAUUUAUUGGUAGCAACUGUAGAUGCGAUAUUGUUGAUAAUGGAAUCUUAUCCUGAAACAUUUUCGAACCAUUUUCGCGAUACAGUUGACAUAUUGGUCGGCUGGCACAUCGAUUCGACUCAGCAAAAAGCAAUUGCUAGCUACGCUAGCCGUAGUUUGCAAAGAUUGAGAACAUUUUGGAUAGCAGAUCUGCAAUUCACUUUAACAUUAUUAGGACAAUUUUUAGAGGACAUGGAAAGUUACGACGAGGAAUUGACUUUACCAGAAUCGGGCAGGAGUUCACCUGGAGACGAAGUAUCACCGACACCCAGAGAAUCUAUUCUUCGUAUCACGUCUCUGAUAUCUGUUUUCAACACAGUCACAAAAAGCAUAUCCGAGCAUUUGAAUCCGAAUCUCACGCCGAAUGUUCAAUGGUCGUUCUUAUCCGAUUGUUUGUCGAAAAUGUUGAAAACAGUUGUGAAAGCGAUAGAAUUGGACGAUUGUAACAAAACUUGGCUUUCGAAUUUCACCGUUACACCUGUGACUGCCGAUGAAUUGUUGAAACUUCUUAGGAAUACAAGCACCGUUUCGACAAAUUUCAACAAAUCCGAGUUAAACGAGGAGGAUGUCGUUAAAAUGUUCAAAUCGUUAAAUCUUGAUAAGAACAAGCUGAACAAUUUGAAAAAGAGCAUAGAAAAGGAGACAUCGUCGAAAGAAAGAGAACCUUUAUUAAAAGUCGUACGUUGGAUGGAAUUGAAAGGAAAAAAGAAAGCUCUGGAUUUAACCGAGGAGAAGGAAGAAUUGAUAGUAACCGCAAAUGAAUGCGCUUUUCUGUUGUUGGGGCAUCUUCAGAGUCGUAUAACGAAAAAUCACGAAUUACUCUACAAGUUUAUCGACUUGCAGCUGAAAAGAAUCAACGUGUUUUGGGAUGACACGAUCAUUUCCAUGUUGAAUACUAUCUCGAAAGUAAUAAAAGAAGUCUCCGCGAACCUGCCACUGGAAUUGGUGCACAAAUUGCUUGGGAAGGACUCGGCGCUACUCAAACUGAGAUUCCGUGAUUCUAUUUCCAUUCAGAAUGCCAGUCUUGGAGUGUAUCACAGUUUGCUCAGUUUGAAAAAUAUUCCAUUACUGCAGGAAUCGUAUCGGUACAUAUUGUCAGAUUUGGAGAUUGCUUACAAGCUUGUCUUAGCGGAUAUCGAAAGUUUAGUUGCAGACAAUCCGUUACUCGACGAUAUCAAAUAUAAAAAGAGCGACGCUGAGAUCGUGGUUAUUUUUCUGCUACGAGCUCUAUCCGAUAUAGCAAAUGCGAGCAACUCGAUCAUCGGCAUGUGGGCGUUGAAACCAAGCAUUUUGGAACUGUUGGCGGUGAAGCUGAAGCCGUACGAAAGUAGCUUGUCUAUGAGUAGUCCGUUCUUGCAAUAUAGUAUCUUGUACUUGCUAUACGCUCAUUGUUCCAGGUAUAAUCACUUUGUACCGAGUUCGAGCUUGAUAACUGGAACUACUACCUGUCGUCCGAUAGAUAUGUUUCCGGGUGCCCUGGAUGUACCUACAACGUCGCCAACCAGUGGACAUCUCUCCAUUAUUCUCAAUUUAAUAGCGAAGAGUUACAAAGAGUACACGCCAGAACAAACGUUAUUGUUGUUGUCAACGUGGAUGCAAGAAAUUUGUGUACAAUCUGAAAAUUAUAUCGGUAUACUGAGUAAAACGAAGGAGUACGAGAACGUUCUCGCGAGUCUCGUUGCCAGCGGAGCUAGUAUCGACCGUGACAUUUCCAUCACCGUUUGCGAACUCUUGGAGAUGUUAGUGAACGCGAAGAACGUUACGUGGAGGGAAGAAAUCUAUUCGUCCAUAGUGGAUUUGGCGACGUUACACUUAACUUCGUGCGACGAAGUCGUUCGGGAAAAAUAUGGCUCGUUCUUAACAUGCGUACCUUUGAAUAUAGUAAUACCGAAACUCAACAAGGAAUGUUUGCUAUCAGAAACGAAGAAACAUCAAUGGAUUAAGAGUUAUUCAACCGAAUCAGUGGUUCUUGCCCAGAGACUACACAUGCGAGGGAAUAGUAACGGAGAGAUGCAAGCUCAACACUUUAAGACUUACAUGGCUUUCCUAUUGCAAGAACAACAAUUGGAUGCCUUCGGGUUGUCAGAGAUGUUUACGCUGUGCUGGCCGAUCGUGUCUGAGAACGAGACCACGAGAAGGAUGUACCGAUUAGGGCUCGCAAAUCGAUCGUUCCUAUAUUUUUGGGCCGGCUUCGAAGCGGCUCAGCACUGCGUGACCAACAAGCUUCGUACACCAUUGGGUAAGCCGCAAGAAACGUUCACGUCGAUCGAAAGCGCUUUGAAAUCAUUGGCGCGGGAGAUAUCGUAUAAUAUGGAGACAACAAGAAAGGAGAAACGAAGCCUGGAUCAUCUUUUGAACGAACACACCCGUGUACGUCUGUUAAUCGAAUUCCUUGAGCACCUCGAGAGAGCGAUACACAACGCGGCAGAAGGUUGCGCGAUCGCUCUGUCACCACUGUCCAAACCAGUCAGAACCUUCUUCCGUACGAACAAGUCUACCUGCAAGGAAUGGUUGAAUCGCAUUCGACUGGCGCUGUGCGUAGUGUCGUUGCAUUCAGGACUGGCUGGUAGCGGUUUGAGAAACAGUCAAAGGUUGUUGGAAGAUUUGAGCAACAGCGAUAAUACGCAGGGUAUCGAAUUCGAAAGGGCGACUCUAUGCACGGCGCAAGCAAUGAUGAUGUUGGGGGAGGCGGAGGCGUUGCAAGGACUUUACGUUUACACCAAGGAAAAAGAAAGAAAAUUCCCGUGGUUGAAAGCUGCGAUGGAAGAAGCUGCGAAUCGCUACGAAUCCGCUGCCGAGGCCUAUAAAGCGAUCAUCGAGGAGCAAACAUGCGCCGCGUUCAGUCGAUCGGGAAAAGAUACAGAGCCAGAAGAAGAGGGAGAGGACGAAAGCGACGGUUGCGUUGGUGGUGGUAUCGGCAUGGGUAUGGGUAUCGGUAUCGACAGCAUUAACGAAAGCGAAGAUCCUUCCUCGAUCGACGGUAAAGGAAAAAACGUUAAAUCAGAGGGGGACAAUCAGGUACUUGGUUUUUGCAUGCAACGGCUGUCCAAGUGUUACGAAGCGGUCACCGAUUGGUCUCGAUUAGAGGCAUGGAAGCUGCAAGAGGCCGAGAUGUUUUCCCGCGAAAAAAACUCAAUCGUCGGACACCAGACACCGAUAGAGAACGCUGAUUGUCGACGAGCGAGGUGUUUAAAAAUGUUCGAAGCUGGCGAAACGGUGUCUCUCGAUGAUCUGACUGACUGGAAUUUAUUGGAGAACGGAACCGGGAAAACAGGAAAUUGGAGCUGUGCGAAAACUCUGGUAGAAUGUAACAACACGUUAAUCAAUGUAGCACUCAGAAUUCACGCGAACAAUUAUCAGGAUCAUUUCGAAGAGGAGAUAGAACGGUGCCGAAGAGUGGCGUCCAAAACCAUGGAAGAGGGAUUACGAAACGUACCUUCGGAAUAUUUAAACGAAUCGAUACUGAUACGAUAUUCGACCGACGGAUUGAAAAGCUUGUUACUGUCUGGUCGAGAAGAGAACACGUUCGAAUUGUACAAGACCGAGAAAAUCGAUCGCAUGGAUUCGAACAUUCUGACUCGUAUUCUGUGGUGGUCAGAGUACUUCCGCAAUGCAAGGGAGAAGGACAGCUCAAAAGCUCGUCCAGGUACCGUUCUGUCAAACGAGGUAUCCGAUUUAAGAUUGCAUAUCGUUCGAACAGCCAGAAAAGAAGGUAACUUUAAAUUGGCGAAGCGAGAACUUCUCAAUUACUUGCGUUCCGAAUGGGAGAUCUUUAGAAUCGAUGAAGGAAAGGGCAGUGGACGAUUCGAUCGCGUCGACCUGGACUUUGAUCGGGUCACCGACGAUGUGCUGAAGAACGUGAUGCGUGUCAAGUGGUCGAAGAACAACAUGCGCGCGUUCCGCGAAUGCUCGAAAUUGCUGUACGACAUGGGACGCAUCGAUAAAGCGUUGAAAGUUUGCAGCGCGACCGCGCUUGGAAUAUCGCGGGCCAUCAUCGACGGGGAACGCUCGACUGACUUGAGAGAGAACGGGACGAGGCUUCUGCUCACUCUUGGUAAAUGGAUACAACAGGAAACGGGGAAAACUGAGAACAAUCAGCUGGAUCAGUUAUUGGAAUUCGAAGCUGUGCACAACGACGGCUUGAUGAACAAGUUGUUCGGUCCUACCACAGACUCGAUACCAACUUCGGAUAUGAUCAUCGGUAGAUUGAUGCAGCUCGGUGUGAAUCAAUGCCUUGAUUUACCAGUCGCGUGGUCCAGCUUCGCGGGCUGGUGCUACAAAUGGGGGCGGAAAAUCGUCGACAAUUCGAAUUCAGGUCGACUGACCGACUUAGACAGAACGACCAUAAGGGAUUUGCUGCCCUUCGAUACGGACGAGACUGACUUGAUCGCGAUCUUUUCGAUUUUGAGUCAAAGCAAAACGAUACCCGAAGACGAAGGCGACAUCGCGGACACGUCCAACGACGUCAAUACGUCCGAUAUGAUCGAGAACCAGCUGCGAAACGUUCCCAUACUCAGUCGAGCCAGCUCUGAUCGUCUCGCGAUGCUUGUCGAUAUCUGGAAGCAAGCGCAGAAACGAAUUUAUUCAUAUUACGAGCUCUCAGCGAACGCGUACUUCAAGUACUUGCAGCUCGCCGCGAAUAAGGAGACCAAUCAUUGCGACACUAUCACGGCUACGCUUAGAUUGUUGCGACUGAUCGUGAAGCAUGCUCUUGAGUUGCAGAACGUCCUCGAGUCUGGACUUUCGUCGACCCCGACGGCACCGUGGAAGGAGAUAAUACCGCAGCUGUUUUCGAGGCUCAGUCAUCCCGAAUCUUACGUUCGGACUCGAGUCUCGGAACUGUUGUGCAGGAUCGCGGAGAACUCGCCACACUUGAUUACCUUUCCUGCGGUGGUGGGAGCAGUCUCUGGCCAAAGGAAAACCUGCGACAAGGUCCUGUACGAGAAAACAGAUGGUGAUCGGUCCACUAGGAACAAUUUAGGCUUCAUCGAAGAGGAGGGCGAAGAGGAAGAAGAGGUAGUCGUGGAGGAAGAGGAAGAGGAAGAGGACGAGAUAGCCGAAAGUUCUUCUGGGGGAUACCAAUAUCAAGACGAACACGAGAAGUUUAUGGACUGUUGUUUUUCGCAAUUGGCCGACUGUCUCUCAAACAGAGUUCAGGAUUCUGUUGAGCAAAUAAAGAUAUUGGUGAAGGAGCUGCGUCGUAUUACGUUACUGUGGGACGAGCUAUGGCUAGCGACUUUAUGCCAGCAUCACACCGAGAUUUCCAAACGAUUCGAGCAAUUGGAAAUCGAGGUGCAGAAGGUGCAGGAUAACGUUUGGCUGUGUGCCGAAGAGAAGGACACUUUGAUCGCAGAAAAGCAUCGAAUCAUAUUGAAGCCUGUAGCCUUUAUAUUGGAGAAUCUAUCGGCCAUGACCUCCGUCCCGGCUGAAACUCCACACGAGAAGAAUUUCCAGGAGAAGUUUGGCCCUUCGAUCGAGGAAGCGAUAAAUAAGUUGACCAAUCCCAAGAACCCCGCGAAGCCUCAAAUCGCCAGUCUGUCUUUGAAGCAACUGGAGAGCAAAUUGGCGCAACGCGUGCACAGACGUGCUGCUUAUUCUCUUUCCAUGAACGAUAUCAGUCCAGUCUUGGCAAACUUGAGGAACACUUGUAUCACGAUGCCUGGUGUAGCCGCCGUUGACAAUAAAAUCGUCACCAUUCAGUCAGUCGAUAAUAAUGUUCAGAUAUUGCCGACCAAGACCAAACCCAAGAAGCUCAUAUUCCAUGGUUCCGAUGGACACGUUUACACGUACCUGUUCAAAGGGCUGGAAGACCUCCACUUGGACGAGAGAAUUAUGCAGUUUUUGAGUAUAUGCAACACCAUGAUGUCGAAGAAGGGAGAGUCGAAGCAGGUGUACAGAGCACGCCACUACUCGGUUAUACCUCUGGGUCCGCGAUCAGGCCUCAUACAAUGGGUUGACGGGGUCACCCCCUUGUUUGUUCUUUACAAGAGGUGGCAGCAAAGGGAAAAUGCUAUGACCAAUAAAACCGGUAGCGCGGCGAUCUUGCGACCGUCCGAGCUGUUUUAUAAUAAACUGACGCCAUUGUUGAAAGAGCGAGGAAUCGCUUUGGAGAAUAGAAAAGAAUGGCCCGUCCAAAUUUUGAAGCAAGUGUUGGCCGAGUUGAUGGCCGAAACACCCAAGGAUUUGUUGGCAAAAGAGAUUUGGUGUAACAGCAUAAGCGCCGGCAGUUGGUGGCAAGCAACCAAAAAUUAUUCCUACUCGGUCGCCGUGAUGUCGAUUAUCGGCUACAUCAUCGGUCUCGGUGAUAGACACUUGGACAACGUCCUAGUCGAUCUGAAUACGGGAGAGGUUGUACAUAUCGACUACAAUGUUUGCUUUGAGAAAGGGAAAACGUUGCGUGUCCCGGAAAAGGUGCCUUUUAGAAUGACCCCGAAUAUUAGGACAGCGUUAGGAGUAACCGGUGUUGAGGGUAUAUUCCGUCUAGCCAGCGAGCAUACGCUUAGAGUAAUGCGGCGAGGACGCGAAACGCUGCUGACUUUGCUCGAGGCAUUUGUGUACGAUCCACUGGUGGAUUGGCGAGCUGGAGCGGACAACAGCAUUGCGAGUUACGGGGCGUGUCAAGCUAGAGCAAGGUGUACAGGUAUAGGAAGAAAACAGUUGGAGCAGGAGCUUACACGGGCAAUGUUUGCCGUUCGAACAGCAGAGAUGCGUGCCGAAUGGUUGGCAAAUAGGGAUGAACUGAUGAAAGUGUUUCCGGCUCUUUGUCACCGUUUGAGGUGUUGGGUAGACACGAUCGAAGCCACACGUCAGUGUCAAGAUUUGCUACAAGACAGGCACCAACAGCUCGCUUUGGUUAAAGAAGCACAGGCAAUGGGACGCAACCAUCCGUUGUACUCUGUGAUUAAGCGGUACAACUCUUUCAAAAGAGCGCGCGAUGCUCACGAAAAGGCGAAAACUGGAUUAAAGGAAAGAAUAGAUGAUUGCGAGAAACAAAUUAAUAUGCACAAUUUGGCACUUUCGGCGGUAAGGGGCCUCCAGUUGGGGCAGUGGUUGGCAGAAUUGGGAACGUCUGCAAGUCAAGAGGACCACGUGGUGUUCGAUUUAGUCAAGGAAUUCUUACAGAACGCUGGUCAAAGUCAAAUGAUCCUCCAGUGCGAGCAAUCGGAAAAUGAGCUAACGCAAUUAGCCACUCAACAGUCGAUUCUAAUAAGAAGUUGCUUAGAUCUUCUAAGUCAGUAUUCGGCGAUUUGUAGGCUGUAUCCUUUGAGCAUCAUGUCGCAACAUCGCACAGUUCUUUACCACGGUUGGGCUAAUGAGCUUCUGAAUUCGGGAAGCGUCGAAACUUGCCGCGAAGUCAUGGCACAGUUUGAAAAUACUUUCGAUCCGAUAAAGAGCUCGAAUAAUCAGCAAGUGCAACAAAUAAUAGCGUUCUCUUAUCAGAUGCAAGGGAUCCUGAACGAGGCCAACGAGAGACUGAAGAAGGCGUACGAAAGAAUGGUCGCGGAGGGCUUGCCAGAAUCAAUUAGCAGAAUAGAGAAAGCGUACGCAGAGUCGAGAUUGCAGAUACAGAAUUUCUUAAGACGAGAAAAGGGAGCGGAAAGAGCGCUCGAGUGCGUCAAUAUAACUGCUCUGUGCGCCCUGAAUAAAAGAUACCUGAUGAUGGAAGGUGCCGCAAAGUGUGCGGGUGAUUGUUUGGUCGAUCUCACGUCCAGAGAAGGUGACUGGUUCUUGGAUGAAAUGCGUCUGAUGUCGUCCUUGAUCGCAGAGUUGGUCAGCUUAAUACCCGAGUGCCAUAAAGCGAACAACGACUCUAAAAUAUCUCUCGUACUCAAGUGCUUGAGGGGGUCCGAUUGCAUCUACAAGGGGCUGCAAGAGCUUAAUUACAACUUUCACACUAUCAUUCUACCAGAAGCGAUGAAAACAAUUAUAACGGAAGAGCCAACUGUGAUCAGAAUGAUUGGUGAACUGACAGAGAUCAUCGUGUCGCCUGGUGUACCGCUCGGUGAAAUUUUAGGACAGCUGGAGAUGCAUUUAAGGUUUACCGUUAUGGAAAUGGAUAGUCCUCACGCAAUGAUGCAAGGUGUCGUGAAUAACAUGAGAUUACGUUUCGAGGCGUUGCUGUCUCGACCAGCCGAGAUUCAGGAAUCGAACCAAGAUGAAACGCUGACACCUGGUCAGAUGCUGUUGAUGGGCUUCAACGGAUUAUUCGAGAAACUCCAAAUGGAAGGGAACGCGUUAAUAGCUACUCUGAGCACGCUCGAAAUUCCAGGUGCUUGGAGAAAAAUCGAUCAAAUUCGGGAAGCGAAGGAAAUGUCCGCGCCUAUAUUCAAUAAAGCUGCCUGCCAGGUUCUGGAAGACAUAUUUCUGGUUAAACGAUUGCACACCAUACAAGAGUUUUUCAUGAUGUGCAGAGAUAUCGCGACCGCGUUUAAAGGCGGUUUAGCGAAUGUUUACGACGAUGAAAGAUUAAAUAAACCGAUAAGAAUAUUCACAGCGGAUUAUGUGUCGAGACAACUGCUCGGGGUUACCUCUCAAACACUUGCAAUCGCUCUUUGCCUCUUGCUGCAAAGAAUGGGUUUGAGCGUUACUACCGAGAUCGAGCAGAGAGACAUAGGAGCCGAGAGUAAAGUCUCGCUGGAGGAAUUGUGUAGAAAAGUUGUCGAUCUGUGCUUAAAGAGAGGAUCAUUCUCGGGAUCCGUGCUCACGCAAGCUAGCGCGCUUAGUAGCACUCUGGAGAGCACUUGGCGAAGGAAACAAAGCAGCAGAUUGGCGCAGCAAAGCGUCGAGGCGGCGAGAGCUAGCAUGCAGAGACUUCAACUGCAGCUUACUGCUCAUCACUGGUUGCACGAAGACAGCUUACUCUUACGGUCAAACCUCAAUCUAAUGAAUCCUUUAAAUCGUUCAGCGUUCAUGCUGGAAUUACGAAAGACAGCCUCGGCGCUCUCCGGUCUACAGUCUCGCGUGUGCGAGACACGAGAGCAACAGCAAAAUCUAGUCUCUAGCGCGGUACAACGUUUGAAGUGGGCUGCAGGAGCGAAUCCCGCUCUUGGGGAAGUAAUGUCCGCGUUCGAUAAUGCAGUGCUUUCCUCCUGCGAAAAAUUGACUCGACAACAGAACCUUGCGUCCAGUGUCGUUAAUACGUGCAACUCCAUAUUGCACUACGAGGCUUUAAGGACUAGAACGUCCGAGAGCGUAACACACGACGCAAAUUUCGUCAAGCUAGUGAAGCAUUGGGAAGAGAGCUGUAUCUUGACCAUGAAUCUGACCAUUACCGUUACCGCGAUCGAAGAGAGCCUGGUCGAAUUGUUGCAAAUGGAUUGCAACGUCGAUAUAAAUUGGUUGAAGCACGCGGAACGGUUCAUUUCUGAGGCGAUAAUAGACGUUCAAAAGAAACUCCAAGAGAGGCAGGAAUGCUUGCUCACCGCUCAAGAACUUUUGCGGGAGCAGGUUAGAAACUUGCAACUCGUGUUGACUGAACACCACAUACUGAUGUGGGACGUACGAAUUUUGUUGCGGACAAUGGCGAAGCAAGAGAACAUCGACGGGUUGCAAGAGUUUCUCGCUUCGUAUCGUGCCUUCACCGAAAGCGUGUCAGCGAUCGUGAAGGAACUCGAAUCCGACACCCUUGACGCAGUCAGAGGUACAGCGAUUAAAGAAGAUUUGGAGAACAUGGCGGUUACGGUGCCAAAUUUGUACACUGAAUUGUUGGAGUUUGCGAACGAGAAGAAAGCGAAUACGACGAGGCUGCUGGAGAAACAAAAAGAAAUCGAGAAAGCGAAUGAAAGAGGACGGGAAAGAGAGAACGAGACUGGGACCGAGACUGCGACUGAGAACGAGACCGAGACUGAAACUUCGGCCGUCGUUGUGACAAAGAAGAAAGGGAAGUUGAUCAGGCAGGAGGGCGUGUGUUACAGCCCGAGAAAAGGAGUUCCGUUAGCCAGGGAUCCAACUACGGGCAAAGCUGUCCAGGAACGGAAUGCGUACGCGCUGAACGUUUGGCGUCGCGUACGAAUGAAGCUGGAAGGGCGCGAUCCACACGCGACACGCAAAUACACCACAGCCGAGCAGGUGGAAUACGUGAUACGCGAGGCUCAGAGUACCGACAAUUUAGCCCUCCUGUACGAGGGUUGGACACCGUGGGUCUGAACGAAAGGAGGUUGACGCGAUCGCGUCGAUGGUUCAAUGCUCGUUACACACGGUACUAGAGUUCGUACCGUCCUUCGCUCUACGCUCGAUGGAGCCAGCUCUCUGUUCGACCAGGUGUGAAGUAACUUCGUCGUCACCUGGAAGAGAAAGUCUAUGCCCGCAAGGAUGCCGUUCAAGUUCGGCAACGCGCGCCUAAAUACAAGGAAAAAUCAUGCGCGAUCAACGAUUCACGAUCGAACUUCGAUUCUGGCACCGAUUCUAUGAUUAUCUCAAAAAUCUCUCGUCAACACCGCGUACCCGUGCGUUCUACAGAGAUCCGUUUCUUUCUUCCUAGUUUCCAUUCGUCCACGUAUACUUUCGCCCACACUUUCUUUCAUAAGGCGACCAAUCCAACCAACUAUCAAACAGUCAUCCUUUAAAAGUGGACAGAUACACAAUACGUAAAAAAAAAGGCAAAAUCAAGGAAAGCGCUAGCGGUAUUUAUCAUCGCCAUACGUAACGAUAGAGGUACGCGACGGUCGAGAUAGAGAGAGAACCGAGAUACAUGCCGCGACUUUUAUUCAGUCUGCUGUUUGUUGACGCGUUAGGAAUGACUGAUGUUUAAAUGUCGACGAUAGAUUUGGGAAAAGCAUAGAACCUGUCGCAUCUUUGGAAUAACGAGACAACGACUGGAAGUUCAGUCGACGAUGCGGAGAAACUCGAUGGCGAUUAACGCGUCGACGGUGACGACACUCGAGACUCUAACGAGAAUAUCUACGACUCGUUGUCUGCCACGGACGUUAUUUGUUCGAAGAAACGGCCCUUCUCCGAGGUUAAAUUCAUUUAAUUUCCUUAUUCGCCCAUAAAAAUCCCCUAGAAUUUUAGCAAACGCAUCGGUCGGUCGGGAUCGAGUUUUACGACUGUAAAUCAAUUUUGGGAAACGUAUGCAUAAUCCUCGGUUAGCCAGUGGUUAGAUUUAGAGUUUGAGAAGUUAACAGCGGGACCAACAGGGACGUUAGAAACGAUCCAAGGAUUCAUACAAUUGGGUAUACUGUCAAUAUCCGUCUUUUACUUUUUUCAAUUGGGGGCUUCAUGUGAAUUUGAAUCUGAAUAUAUGAAUCUAAAUUUUCCAUCGGUAAUAUAAACACGUCGAUGCAUUCGACAAUACGUUGGAUUCUUAUCAUUGCAACUAUAAUAAUUUCAACGCUUGGCAGGUUAUCCGCUUGAAUACAUUGUAUGUAAGGGUUAUAUGUGUUAUUCGAUGAAAUCUGCAAUUUUAACGUUUCUUCUCAUAGAGUGGACAAUCGUCUGUUCAAGUUGUUUUCCAUUGUUUUCUGUAAUAAUAUUACGUGAUUAACGAUAAUACCAUUGCGCCUCUAUAGCAACGGUCGUAAUAGUCGAUCACCGAUCUAAAAAUGCCCGUAAUAGAAAGAACGCCGAGUAGAAAACAUUAAUGUCGCUGCAGAUAUUUAAGAGAAAGAACUUUUUUCACAUGAAAGGUAAAAAUGCGUUAAUCAGAAAGAGUGGUCGACCGUCUCGCGUUUUUCUCUUUUUCAUUAAUUUUUUUUUAUUUUCAUUUGUUACGAGGGAAAGGACCAUAGAGAAGGUCGCACUUUGUAACCAAUAAAGUUUCGGGUACAUAUAAAAA